AUGGACACUUCCCACGCGCCCAAUCUUCCAUCCGCCAACCCGCCCAGCGUUGAGAUUGCCUACAAGCUCAAAUGCGGCACAAUUAAGAAGAGGCUGGCUGAGAUCGAAGCGGAAAAUGAGCUCAUGCGCACCCGUAACCGCCGUGGAUGGCAGUACAUCCAGAAGAUGCGCCUGGAGUCGUGCAUACUGCUGGAGCGGCUGACCAAGGUCACUGGCAUGGCUGAGGAGGCACAGUCUGGCUCAGCAGACCCGGAGCUGCGUGCCCGUACUGCGGCCAUGAUUUCUGGUGCGACCUCGCUCAAUGGACUCGGUGGAAGCAAUGGUGCGUAUCUGGAGGAUGAGACCGAGGGCAGCUCCGAUGAACAGCCGCGGACGCCUGAAGAACGCCCUCUCCGUGUCAAGCGCUCCCGCAAAUCCAACGCCAACCCCGAUAUUGGUGCCGACGAUGACGCUCAUGCCCCCGAGCAUGCCGACCCUUCCGGCGCAGCCCUGCCCCGCCUUGCCCCUGCCCCGACGCAGGACCAGCUUACUUCCUCGUUCCGCGUCCAGGCGGGUAGCAAUGGCUCUGCCCACGAGGGUGACCAUACCCCGGCUGCGGCCAGUGUGCACAGCAAUGACCGCUGUGGUAGCCACCAAGAUCAGCCACCGCUUGCGGAACCUGCCCCUGAUGCCGGUCCCACGCCUAUGGACAUGGAUACCAAGGAGCCCAAGGUCGAGGCACAGUGA